AUCGAAGUGUCAAACACGCCACACACACACUGAGCAGCAGCAGCAGCAGCAGCAGCAUCAGACAGCGAGGCACAACGAGAGAUCACUUGCGUUUCAAGCCAUCAAACGUUUUGACAUGGUGAAGACGGCGGCGAGCAAUGGCGCGGCGGCGGCGAGGCGCGUCGGCGGCGGCGGUGAUGGGAAGAGGGCGGCGUACAAGGGGGUGAGGAUGAGGAGCUGGGGGUCGUGGGUGUCGGAGAUCAGGGCGCCGAGCCAGAAGACGCGGAUAUGGCUGGGAUCCUACUCCACCGCCGAGGCGGCGGCGCGCGCCUACGACGCCGCGCUGCUCUGCCUCAAGGGCUCCGCCGCCGCCGACCUCAACUUCCCCGUCCGCCUCCCGUUCGACCUCCCCGCCGCCGCCAUGUCGCCCAAGUCCAUCCAGCGCGUCGCCGCCGCCGCCGCCGCCAAUGCCAACGCCAACGCCAGCAGCAGCUGCAGCGCGGCCGUCUUCGCCGGCGUCGACGACAGCGGCGGCGCCAGCGCCAGCGAGGCCAGCACACCUGCCUGCAGCUCCAGCGAUGGUGCCGCCUCGCCGUCGCCGGUGAGCUCCCCGGAGACGGUCAUCAGCGACGUCGACGUGGACUACAGCUUGCUCGCCGACAUCGAGGCGUUCUUCCAGUCUCCCAAGUGCAUGGAGUACGCCAUGAUGGACCCGUGCAGCGCGUUCUUCGCGCCGCCGCCGCCGCCGGCGAUGGCGAUGGAGGAGGAGUGCGGCUGGGAGGAGGAAGGCGACAUUGCGCUCUGGAGCUUCUCCUCUCUGGACUGAAGUGGAGUCAAAGAGGAAGAAGCAAUUGAGCAACUGACUAAUCGUUAUUAAUCUCAAGUAAUUAAUCAGAAAUGGCCAUGCAUGGUAUGAUAUAUUAUACAGUAAAUUUAAUUUCAUAUAUAUGAUAUUUUGAUUCGAUUUUCGAUGUAGACAUUUGUAAUAAUUGAGCUAAUGAAGCAUUUCUGGAGGAGCUCUCAUGGAGCUACAUGUUUUAAGGUAGCUUUCCAUGGAGUUAACCUCCUUACAACUGCUUGUUUCAUUUGUAAAAGUUACUUGAAAAGUACAAUAUGGAUAAACAAGUAUUAUGGCAUCUCA